AUGAACCCGCUAGCAACUCAACAGACAGAGCUCAGAAGCAUGCGAGGCAUGAAAGGAUUGCAUGGGAACGAGAAAAGUGGGUUCGGCAGGAUUCCGCCCUUGAGAGGCCGAGAGGACUGGCGCAAAUGGUACACAUUCAUUCGAGUUUCGGCAAUGGCAGAGGGCGUAUGGGAGUAUCUCACCCCUGAAGGCGAACGUGGCCCAAAGCCCGACGACGACCCAGUGCUUUCGCCGGAGGAGGCGUUCAGCGAUAUAGGCUCGCGCUUGAGUGAAAUGAAUGACGGCACCCUCGGGAAGGUCCAAUGUCGGUUGUGCGCUAUACGUGAAGACUCUACUGACUCUUGGUUCGACGAAUGCUCCGGCAUAUCUGGCAAUUUCUGUGACCGGUACCAUAGGAAGGUGGUUAUGCCGGAAGAGGUGGCCCGCGAUCUAUACGGGGAAGGCUCAGUGACUUUGAAGAGAAUGGGCAGCUGGGAGCGGUGGUAUGCCGCCAUCAAACAGGCUGCCAAAUGGAAGCGUGUGUGGGAAUAUAUUGAUCUCGACGUCGAGGACGACAAGCUCCCAGUACCCCCGCCUCGUGUUCAUCCGGGCUUGAAGCCUGCAGUUGAGAAGAUACAGGACCUUCUUGAGGCAGAAGGAAAAUUCUCGGAAGAUGACUGGGUGCGCUUCCUGGCGAUCGAAAUGGUGAUUGACCUUGAUCUGCAACGAAGGUGGGAGUUUGACACUGGAAAGGGAUAUAUUGCAUGGGCUAUUCUUUCGACGGUGGAUGAACCGUUUAUCUGCUCGCUUUACCACGAGACAGACCCCCGGAAAAUGCUGCGCAUUCUCAAGGAGCGGGUUGAACCAGCGUUACCUGAAGGAUACGAGAAGGUGGGGAGGCAGGGAAAUCGGCGGAAUAGACGGAAUAGAUGA